AUGGAGACGGGCAUAGUAAACCUUCCAAUGGUGAAAUUGGGCAAUCAGGGACUUCAAGUGUCUAGAUUAGGAUUUGGUUGCGUGGGACUUUCUGGGUUAUUGAAUGCUCCUCUCCCACAUGAAGUGGGGUGUUCAGUUUUGAAGGAAGUCUUCAAGGCAGGCAUCACUUUCUUUGACACAUCUGAUGCCUACGGUCAAGACCAUGACAAUGAAAUCAUGAUUGCGAAGGCGUUGAAGGAGUUCCCUCGAGAAAAGGUUCAAUUGGUAACAAAAUUCGGACUGUCAAUGUCAGAAGAGGGAAAAUUAGUGGUGAAGGGCAGCCCUGAAUAUGUUAGGAAAUGCUGUGAAGCUAGUCUUAAACGCCUAGAUGUUGACUACAUUGACCUCUAUUUUCAGCACCGAGUGGACACAUCUGUCCCGAUAGAGGACACUAUGGGAGAGCUGAAGAAGUUGGUAGAGGAAGGAAAAAUUAAAUACAUUGGAUUGUCAGAAGCAAGUAUUGAUACAAUAAAAAGAGCUCAUGCAGUUCAUCCUCUCACUGCCAUACAAAUGGAGUAUUCUCUCUGGACUCGUGACAUUGAAGAUGAAAUUAUUCCUCUUUGCCGAGAACUUGGGAUUGGAAUUGUGGCAUAUGGUCCUCUCGGCCACGGCUUCUUUGCCGGCAAGGCAGUAGAAGAAAGCUUGCCAAAUGAGAGUAUGCUGGCUAUGCAUCCGAGAUUCACAGGGGAGAAUCUGGAGAAGAACAAGAUUAUAUAUGGGCGACUGAGCAACCUGGCGGCAAAGCAUGGCUGCACUGUUCCUCAGCUGGCCCUCGCAUGGAUUCUUCAUCAGGGAGACGACAUAGUUCCAAUUCCUGGAACAACUAAAGUGAAGAAUAUUAUAAGUAACAUUGAGUCGAUGGGAGUGAAGCUGAGUGAAGAGAAUUUGAAAGAAAUUAAGGAUGCUGUGCCGAUUGAUGAAGUGGGUGGCUACAGAGAAAUGGAAAUGCUUUCUGAAUAUGUCUGGAAAUUUGCUGAUACCCCACCAAAGUGA